AGGUCCAAAUUGUACCUCAGCACAUCAAAAAAUGACUGGUAGUUCGCAAGCAAGGUGAAAGUAAUCUAAAGUAAUUAAAGAUGCUCAUGAGACCAGGACGAAGAAUCUUUCCUCAUCCAAAACUACCACUAUCAAUAUCAUCAUCAUGGCCAACCCCGUCGAAUACAAUCAGCUGGGGUCCUCAGGAUUGAGGGUGUCGGUGCCCAUCGUUGGUGCGAUGAGCUAUGGAUCGCCACUUUGGGGUUCUUGGGUUCUAGACGAAGAAAAUUCACUCCCCAUCCUCAAAGCUGCUUGGGAUCGCGGGAUCAAUACAAUCGACACCGCGAAUGUUUACUCGAAUGGCGAAUCUGAGAAAAUCGUUGCAAAGUUCAUUGAAAAGUACAACAUUCCUCGUCACCAAAUCGUCAUCCUCAGUAAAUGCAAUGGUCUGGUUGCCGCGGAUCCUGGUACCCGCACAUACUAUAAUCCUCAUAUGCGAGAUUGGCCUCAAUACGUCAACCAAUCUGGUCUCUCUCGCGCUGCGAUUUUUAAUGCUGUCGAUGCAUCCUUGGAACGUUUGAAGACCUCUUACAUUGACCUCCUGCAAAUUCAUCGCUUUGAUCCCAAGGUGCCAGUGGAAGAGACGAUGAAGGCUUUGCACGACCUGGUGCAAAGUGGGAAGGUAAGGUACAUUGGAGCUAGCUCAAUGCGGUGUUGGCAGUUUGCACGUAUGAACGAAAUAGCGGAAAAGCAUGGGUGGACGAAAUUUGCUAGUAUGCAGAAUGAGUACUCGUUACUUUAUCGGGAAGAGGAACGUGAAAUGAAUGCCUACUGCAACUUCAAUGGUAUCGGAUUGAUUCCCUGGGCCCCUGUCGCCGGCGGCAAACUCUGUCGUCCUGUAGAAACCAAUGCCACUGUUCGGGCCGAGGAGGCUAAAUCCAGUCCCUCUUACAGUCCUUUCUCUGAUGCCGAUAAGACUAUCAUUGAAAGAGUUGAGGAAAUCGCCAAGAAGAAAGGUUGGACAAUGACCCAAGUCGCACUGGUUUGGGUCAAUAUGAAGGUGACUAGCCCCAUCGUCGGGAUGUCUAGUAUCCCAAGAGUAGAGGAGAAUGUUAUCACGGGCCUUGUUUUGGAUGGGAAGGAGGUGGAAUAUUUAGAAGAACCAUAUGAGCCAAAGCGUGUCAGGGGACAUUUGUAGUGUUGUUAGUCAAGUCCUUUCUGUAUCAUAUUUCUAUCACAGCGAAAUUCGAAUGCCUCGGUGCUAGGUUAAGGCGUCAACAUGGGU